CUCCCUUCGAGAGUAAGGGUACUUUCUCUCCCUUCGAGGGGGCGAGCCGUUCACCAGAGAGGAACAGCUGCAGCGCCGCUGCGGCCGCGGGCCCAAUGCUGGCGCGCGCUCGCGCCUACGAGGGCCUUACAGCGACGCCAGAGAGAACCCUGGCGGGCACGGUGCUGCAAUGGCACGAACGGCCUGGAGUAACGCCUGCGGACGGAAAGGACGAGGAGGAAAUGGAGUUGGAGAAGGAGGAGGCCCAGGGAGGCCCAGAAAGGGGGACGGAAUGCAGCAGGGGACACGUCGGCCCAGGGGCACACCCGUCCGCACGCGAGGAGAGGCAGAACAGGCAGCAGAGACCCUUCUGGCCCUGCCUGACUUUGCGCGCCACCAAUUCUCGUGGCAGGAGGGGGGGGACCUGCAAUCACAGGACGCGCCGGAGGCGCAAGGGAUAUUUGACGCCGUCGCGGCAGAUGCAGAGCCCGUGUGCUUCGAGGGACAGCUGAAACACAUCACAUAUCGCCAACCCUCGACGCACAGCACCAAUCCAGCAUGGGGGACAAGGUCCAUCCAAGGAAAGACUAUUUCAGGCUGAGCAAAUGCCGGUGAAAAUGGAAAAUGGGCACACGCAACGGCGGCGCUCUUCGGCGCUUCGCCUCAGCGGGUCGUCGGAGAACGGUCCUCAGCCCGAGGCGCCCUAGAGCACUCUCUUGUAGAUGACGACGUACUCGGGGUACGCCUGGCUGCGGCAGCCCGCCGGCGCGCUGAGGGGGGAAAGGAGACGAGGGAACGGGCGAGAGAGCAGAGAGCCCGUCUUAUGCUGCAUCCUCAAAAAAGACCUUGUCUGCCCCGUCGCGGCCGCAUCCGCGUCGAAUCCGCGUCGAAUCCAUGUCGGCCUCGUCGGGUCCG